AUGCCAGCCCAAUCCUCUCAGCAGAAUCCUCCGCAGCAACCCGGCCGUACCAGCCUCGAUCGCGAUGGCAGCGUCUUGCAACCGCCCAAUGGCGGGCCCCCUCGCAAACUGUCCGCCUCGACCGUCUCCUUCGCGCCCCGCAGCAGCAGCCUCAACCCCAAUGCAGGCCCCGGCAGCUUCAGCUCCGAGUUGCGAAGCCAGAUGCUUUCCCACCGCAGCGGCAGCCGCGCCGACAUAGGAGCCGCCUACUCCGGCACCGUCACCGACAAGCUGGAGGAGGAGGGAUCCGCCGCCGCCAUGGAACAGACCCUGUCGGCCCUCAAGGACAGGCUCAACCGGGAGAUGAAGAUCAAGGAGGGCAGCGAAAACAUGCUCGAAGCGCUCAACACCAAAAAGGCAAAGCAGACUAAGGAGCAACGGCAGAGGGUCGAGGCAGAGCUGAGUGCUAGCAAUGCCAGGAUCAAAGAAUUGCGCCAAAAGAUAUCCGAUGCCCAGCGCUCAAGGGUGGCCCCUCCGACCACGCCGACUAGGAACCGCGCUCAGGACGGUUUGUUUCAGUCCAGUGGCCAUCUGCGCUCGCCACCAAGCAUUUCCCGGUCUGCCAUCGGCUCAGACAUUGACGAGAUGCUAGAGAGCCCGACCUUCCUGCUGGCUGAGCUCCUCCAGGCGCUCGAGGUCGAGGGCAUGGCCCCCGAGUACUAUGUGAGCCGGGCCAACCAGCUAGUCGAGCUCUUCAAGCGCCAUCCCACCAUCAAGUAUGAUCUCGUCUGGUCCAUCUUCGGACUGCGCAUGCAGAUGAUGCUGCUGAGUGACAGCCGCGAGGUCGUCGCCGCCGGCUACCGAGCCACCAGAUACGCCAUGACGGAUGUCGCUUCGCUCAAGAAGAUUCGCAGCCUCAACACGGACUACUUGGUCAUCAGGUCGCUCAAUAACUAUCGCAAAGCCGAUGUGGAGCGCGAGCAGGCCCUCAAGUUUGUCCGGGCUUUCCUCGACGUCAAGAAUGGCAUCAGGGAGGUCUCUCGGGCCGUGGUGCGCACCAUUGUCGCCGUCGCCGAGCAAAGCGAAGACCGUCGCCCCGGUGUGCAGGUUGCCGACCACAACAUCGACCGGCUACGGCCCAUAUGCAUCGAGACGCUAGCUGAGAUUCUGGUCGCGGAUCCACGCCUGCUCGUCGCCUCGGGCGGCCUCGGGCCCCUCUCCGGCGCUUUAGCAGAGGGGACAUACAAGGCCCCGGAGAGUUUGAUGUCCGCCUUUCUCUACCUGCUCGACACGCCCGAGAGACGCAAGUACCUUCAGCCUGGCAACGGCCUGGACGUGGUCUUUACCGCUUUCACUGACCAGCUUGCCGGGGCUGAAGAAACCCUGAAGCAGAAUUCCAGGGCCAUAUCCGUUGCCAUGAGGUCGUGGUCCGGCCUGAUGACCCUCUGCAUGUACGACUCCCGCCCCAUCCGUUCGCUCAUUGCGAGCAUCUUGUUUCCCAGCCCGGCCAUCCGGGAUACGGUGCUGGACCUGUUCUUCUCUUUAUUACGAAUCAAGCCGCCAGCAUGGGCAACGUCCUUUUUGGCCGGCCGCCGGUUAACGACAUACGGAAGAGUCGCCAACCUCAAGUCAAGCACCAGCCGGGAGAGGAGCGCCACGCUGUGCCUCGACGAGGAUACCGGAGAGCAGAACUUUGUUGACCACUACACGACGCUGCUGCUGGCCGUGGUCAUCAAGGCCGGGCUUCUACAGAGUCUUUUGCAGAUCGCGCAGUCUGAAGAGGACCCCGUGUUGAAGCGCAAGACAACGUUGCUCAUUGGGGAAGUGCUGAAGCUGGCCAGCCGCCUGCUGCCCCCGUCGUGGAGUGCCGAGCUGCAGCUGUUACCCGACCUGUUCUCGGCGGCUGCGCAGUUCGGCAACGCGUCUCACUUUGUGGCGUCGAGCAUCGUGUACCAGAUCAGCAGCGUCAGCAGGACUCUGUACAGGAGCGAGCCAUCCGAAUCCUUGGUUGGCGCCCACCCCUCCGGCGACAGCCGCCAGCACCUAGGCAUGAUUGAGGAACAGCCCAAGGCCAACGCGGUCGUCUUUGACGAUGCAACCUUUCGCCAGCUCCUCAUCGACACGCAGGUCCUGAACAGCUCCAACUACAUGAAGUGGAACUGGGACGUCAUCAUCAAGGUCAUAGACGGGCCUUUGCAGACGGGGAAGCGACUGGAGGAGGCCAUCAAGGCCUCCAAAUUCAUGAAGAGGAUCAUGAGCUUCUACAGGCCCUUCAAGUACAAGUUUGCGGAGAUCAAGAACACGAGGAACACGCAAAAGUACGUCAAGGCCGGGUGUGCGCUGAUGCAUUCCCUGCUCCAGUCGCCCGAGGGUAUCAAGUUACUGGCGGACAGCAAGCUGCUGAGGCAGAUAGCCGAGUGCCUGGCCCAGUGCGAUCCGACGAGCGGCCUUACCGCCCAGUUCCCCAUGUUUGCCCAUGACCGGCUCACAGACACGCUCUGCGGAGGCUACUUUCCGAUGCUAGGCCUUCUCAGCAGCGAUUCCAAUGGGCUGCUCCUCUUGGAGAGGUGGAGGAUGUUCAACAUGAUGUACCACAUUGUCGAUUUGAAGCAGCGGCCCGAUCUCAUCAAGCUCUUGCUAUCCAACUUUGACUACAGUCUCCAGGGCCACCCGCGCGUCCUGCUGUCCAAGGCCCUCAUCGCCGGCACCAAGGACAUACGCAUACACGCCACGAACACGCUGCGCAAAUGCACCAUGUCGCCCAUCACUUCCCUGGGUGGCCAGGGCAACGCCAGCGACUUCAAGUGGGCCAUUCAGCUUCUUGUCACGCAGUUGUACGAUCCAGAAAUCGAGGUGUGCUCCACGGCCGUCAAGAUGCUCGAGAACGCGUGCAACAGGAAAGCAUUUCUGGAGUAUAUUGUCGAGUGUCGGCCUGCGCUGGACCACCUCGGCGAGAUUGGGGCGCCCCUGCUGCUGCGGUUUUUGUCCACGUCGAUCGGAUACCACUACCUGGACGGGCUAGACUACAUCAGCAACGAGAUGGAUGACUGGUUUCUCGGCCGCAACGACUCGUACGUCGGUGUCAUCGAGGCCAGCUUGGCAAAGGCCUUUCUGGCCAACCCGGACGACCACGGCCAUCGCGGGGGCUUGUUCGACCAAGCCGAGACAGAUACAGACUACCACGACAGCCACGUGCCGCCCCAUUUCUACCGGGAGCUGACGCGCACCCGCGAGGGCUGCAAGCUCCUGAGCGACAAGGGCCAUUUUGAAGAGUUUGUGACGACGAUCCGCGACCACGGCAUGCAGACGGAAGACGCCGAGUUGAUGACCAAGGUCAAGGGCUGCCUCUGGGCUGUGGGCAACGUCGGAUCCAUGGAGCUGGGCGCGCCGUUCUUGGAGUCGAGCGACGUGGUUGAGCGGAUCAUGCACAUUGCCGAGUCGCACGAUGUGAUGAGUCUGCGUGGCACAGCCUUCUUCGUCCUGGGGCUCAUCUCUCGCUCAACCCACGGCCUCGAAAUUCUGUCGGAACAUGGAUGGGAUUCCAACACAACAUCGAUGGGCGCCUCUCUCGGAUUGUGCAUUCCCAACGACCUGUCCAAGCUGUUUUCGCUGAGGCCUUGGGAGCACUCGGAGAUGGCGCCGCUGCUCAGCGAGGCCGAUGUCAACGAGCGUAUCCUGGAACUCAUUGUCGACCUGGGCAACAUGGUGCUCUACAAGAAGGCGCUGACAGAGCUGCAAAAGCUCAAACAGCGCAAGCCAAAGGCCUUCCGAAGUACCGAUUUUUUCAAGAAGGUGAUGGGCUUGAUGGAGUGGAACCAUUACCGGCUCGGAGUCCGGCGGCUGGUGAUUGAUCUGUUUGAGAAGAACGUGAUGCGGCAGAUUGUGUUUGGCGAGGAUGAUGGCGAGGGCGGUGCAGACGGAAGACGGGCGGCAGACGGUGACGGCGACGGUGACGGCAGCUCAGGGGACGACAGGACGGAGAGGCAGAGGAGCAUCAGCGAGCCAGUCGAGGUGUCUUUGGACCUGAUGCCGGCGCCGCUCCAGUUGCGGCAUGAGAGGCAUGAGAGGCAUGAGGGUCGAAAGUGA